UCCAGCAGCAGCGCAGCAGUGGCAGCAGCAGCAGCUGUACAGACGGGACGGGACACGGGACGGCAGAUGGCUGGGCCUAGAACUAUCGGCUGAUUCCGUUUAAUUCAUCCGGACUUACCUUCUCGCCCCACCUAGUUACCCCGCUCGUUUAACCAUGGUCAAGUUCUAUGAAAGUAGCACCGUUUUCCAGUAUAACUGGCAUCAAGUUGCCCAGGCAUUUUGGCAGCGUUACCCUAACCCCCACAGUUCUCAUGUUCUCAGUGAAGACACAGUCUUCCGAGAAGUGAGAGACAACAAGCUCUUCACGAAAAGACUUCUCACUAAAACCAACCGAGUUCCCAAAUGGGGUGAACGGUUCAUCAACAAUCCCAAGGUUGGAAUUAUUGAAGAGUCAGUGGUCGACCCCAAAACUAGAACUCUUACAACUUAUACACGAAAUGUGGGCUACACGAAAGUCAUGUCUGUUGUCGAGAAAGUGGUUUACCGAGAGAGUGAUGACAAUCCUAAUUGCACCAUUGCUGUACGUUCUGGAUGGGUUGACUCCCAAGUGUUUGGCUUUAAACAUGCUAUUCAAGCAUUUGGUGUUGAAAGGUUCAGAAAAAACUGCCAGCAGAUGAUUCUGGGAUUUAACCAUGUUCUAAGUCACUUGUACCCAAAACAUGGGCAACAUGAAACCAAUGUUUCCUCUGAAAAGUCAUCCGUGCAGGAAGCAAAGGAUAAAUUAAAAAGUGCUGCCAAGAGGGCUUCAGACCUCGUAAUGCCAAAGGCAAAUGUAAUGGUUGCAUCUUGUCAAGAUUAAAUUCCGGGCUGAAUUCCAUCUGGUUUGAACUUUGAAGUUAAGAUUCCUUUCUAUGAAGCAGAUGUAAGAGUGAUUCUUUACAUAAGCUUACCUUUUAUACCGUUUGAUCUUCAAGUCUUACAAAAUGUGAUCUAAAAUUCAACACAAAUGUUGUGUUGACGCAAUUGUUUCUAAGAGGUUCUGCAGUUUCAAAGAGAACAGAACAAUUGCAUGUACAGGGUAUAAAAUUGAGAGGAAAAGAUGCCUUUUGUCCUGGGUUGUACUAUACCACACUCAUUCAAAAGUGGAAUGUAAAAAUGGUUACCAUAAUUUUGUAUUGUUGCCAUUAUUUUGUCUCUCAGCUUCAAGUAACUCAUAUUCCUUGAAAUAACUGUCAGUAUUUUGGCGAAUCUUGAGUUGGUGAAGCUUUGAAAGAAGAUUUCUUUGUUUCUGUUUUUGUUAAUAUCUGUGAUUCCUCUUUUCUUUUCUUGGAAGGUUUGAUAGUUUGAGGUUUGAGUUCAGUUUAAAUCAUCUUUACCAUCCAUAUUUUUUGUCUUUUUGGAGGGAUGAUUGAUGUGUUUGGAUGGGGUGAUUUGACGAGUUUUACUGUUUCGGUAAAUUGUGUGGGGCAUUGAUUGUAUCUUUUGUUUUUCUUCGACAUAUUCCUUAUUGUAGUUUGAAGAUUUAGGUGUUUUACUACCUCUUUAUGUCUUUGUCACUUGACAUCUUUAUUUUCAUACAUUUUUGUGUAUUAUGGGUUUCCUCCCAAAUACUGUUGUACCCUUUCAUUUCUUUCACUGGGCUCUAGAUUGUUAAGGCUAAGAACAAGACAUUAAAUUUUCGUAUCUUUUUUUUAUUUGGUAAGACCUUUAGUGGUUCUUAUCUUGUUUCCUAAAGCUUCCUGUAAUUGUUGAUUCAAGCCUCAUAUGUUUUUAUCUCCCUUUCAAUAGACUUUCAAAUUUGUUGAAGAAUUUUUACUAUUACAAAGUUUUCACUUCAAUCAGUAGCAGCUGUAUUUUUACACUGCCACUAAUGUGUGUAUUGUAAAAGAUGUAUUGUAAGCUUGAUUGUAAGUGUCAGGUGAAAUGGGUGAUCUUUGACGUGCACCAUUGUGGCUUAGUCAGUAUGUAUGUAAUGUAAUUCGUACACUAUUCAAUAGUAGAUGGAUUUCAUAGACAAUCAUUCCUGGACAUGUGAUUCACCAGGGAGUACAAUAAAUAGUGACUACAGUAAA